AUGACCAUCCUAGGGUGCGGUGACAUCUGCCCAUCUAGUCGACGCCAGGCUGUAAAACGCCUCCCUUUCACGUCUACUAUGCGGCCUGUGCUAUACGCCGACACCGGGGCUGCCUUGGCACCUGGCCUGCAUUCCGUGUAUCCCUUGUCAUCUUCAUUUCACCCGGGAGCACCCACAGGAACGCAUAGCGCAAUGUACCAUUGUAAUUACGUUGGGGCACCGCAAAGGCAGGGCAUGGUCUCAAGCAAUUCCCUAAUUGAAGCUAAUGGUACAAAUCAGAGAACAUAUGCACCAAUGCUCACUUCUGGACAGUAUGCGUUGAGUUCUGAAGAGCCAGUGGACGUAACAUACAUCAGCAAUGCGUACGGAGCACGCGGUGGUGCCGGGAAACUCGUUGAACCACGGGUGGUGCACUCACUGGAAGUACCCAAAGCAGGGACGCAGUCUCGUGGCAAAAUAAAGGAGGAAGCCAUUUUCCCUAGGGCGACCACAUCUCCAGUGGCUGUGGUGUCAGAGGACGCAGGUGGAUCGUACCAGCGUGACUGGCAAGAGGAAGUAAGGUGCCUUCAAAAAAUGCUCAAUACUCGAGACACCCAGCUGGAGCUUAAAGAAGCAGAAAUACAGGAUUUAUCAUCCAAGUUGAACGAAUUGCGCAAAUCGCAAGCAGCUGAAAAGGGGAUUGACGUAAUGGACGGUCAAGAGCAAGCCGUUGAACUGACUACAAUGAGGAAACAAGUUGAAGUACUUCGUCAUGAAAGGCAAGAGCUCAUAGAGCUGCUUCUGCAAAAGGAGAGGCAGGCUGCUGCACUGGAUUCUGUUGAUCCAACUACGAAAGAAGCAUCAGCCGUGCAGCUGGGCGUUCAGGCGAUAUCUAUGGUACAAGGGAGUGCUGAACUGCGAGAAAAGCUGCGAGCGGCAGAAGCUGAAAUUAAGACACUGAGGCAAGAACGAACGGAUGCCGAUCACUUACAGCAGGACACAUUCGACAAGCUCACUGACAAACGACGAGAAGCAGCAGAGCUGCUAGAGUUGCUUUCCCAGCGUGAUAUGAAAGUAGCUCGUGUUGAGGCAUACUUACAGCAGAAGACAAGGGAGCUGGAGCACUACACCGCUCGGGCGAAAGAUCGCUUACAAAGAGAACAGACUAAACGAGAAGAGGCAGAACAAGAGCUCCUGGUGGCAGCUGAGCAAUGCGCUGCGUUCAAAGCAACUGUGGCAAGCCGAGAUGAGAAGAUCGUGGAGCUACAUGGAGAAGUAGUGCGUAGGGACACGUUGCUAAGGCAACUCGAGGAGCGUGUACGAGUCCUGAGUGACGAUCUCAAGACUGCCCAUGCACAACUGCAGCAGGCACUUAAGGGUAUGAUGACAAGAGACGCUUAUAUGCAAGCCCUGGAGACCCAAGUAAGGAAAAGCGACGCCGAGCGUCAGGUCGCGUACCUCACAGAAGUUUCAAAGAGCCGUAAGCUGGAACUCGAUACGAGGAUGCAACAGGAAUACUGUCGCGCGGCAUUAAAUGACAAGUGUGAGAAGUUAGCUACAGUCAAACAAGAUCUUCUUCGAAGCCAAUCGGCCAUGGAAAGAAUCCGCAAGGCUAUUACCGCUGUGGAGGAACCUGAGGGCUGCCACUCACGUUCAGCGGCGCUGCAGUCUUCUGCUCCACAUAGUCACUCAACAGUCCCUGUGGAGAUUCCAUCUAGUGUAGUUACUGAUAUACCAGGGAUUCCCCUAGAACAGAGUCUUCGGUCCUUGGAUGCUGAUUUUCUAGUGCGCCCUUCUCCGCCAGAGUGUCCCUCAACUGACUCGAAAUCUAGGCCAGGGGCAACUUCUUCCAAUCAGCCCCAAAUUACAUCUAUGGCCUACCAGAGCACCUCAAAGACCGAUCAAUCUGCGGGGAAGUUGCUAUCGGCUUCAUCAAAGAGUCCUACCUCAAUUCCGGGGGCGUCUAUGAAUGCCUGCAAGCCAUCACUGGAUCAGCUCAACCCACAGUACCCUGUUGUCCGAAGUGACGUCGUUGAUCAGGGUGUCGCGCGUGUGCUUGAACAGCCUGAAUACCGACCUCUUGCCACCCACAUCUGUAGGCUUGGUCCUGGUGCCUAUCUCUGCUUCAUGCAAGAAGUUACUAUGGAGCUCCAGAAAGACGGAAACGUUGUGGUUAAGCAGCCCGGAGGUGAAAAGGUUCUUUUUUCUGCUUAUCUAGAUAAUUUAAGAUCUGGCUUGGAAACAAAACCAAGGCCACACACGCCAAGCCUUCCCAAAACCACCACGAAAGCCGGUAAUCAGGCAUCGGCGAGAAAAGGUAAGUAA